AUGUUUUUGACAGAUAUUGCUGGCUGGGAUUGUUGCCAAGCAGAGUGUAGGGUCGAUAUAAAGACGGGCCUGAGCAACCAGGAGCCUCUGUUCCUGCGCCCCAACAACCAACUGUGGAUCCCGGAUGGACCGGCUUUGCAGUGGAACGCUGGGGAGUCGACGCCCAUCGCCUGUCCGGGAAGUACUAUUGUCAACACUGGAAGUCCUACGGCGACCAUUACUUGCAGGGGCGGUACGUUUUUUACCCUUAACGGGCAGAAUGUAAACAUUGCCGACGUUAAAUGCGUGGACCGUCCGACGGGCAGUGUGCAGAACACUGAUCAAGACUGUGGUGGUGGUGCUGGUACUUUGCUGAACGUGGGCUUCGAGGUGGAUAGGGUCGGUUUUGUGACGUACAUUCAGUCGUGUUAUAACAUGCGAACGGCUUCCGUCAUCUACACUCGCCAUGUGAUCGCUGGUGGUGCUAUUAACAAUAAAAUCAUUGACCGGUAUCGUCCGUCGUUCAAGGCUCAAGGUACGCCACAGGACCAUGAACCGCAAUCCGCCUACCUUCAACGUGGGCAGUUCGCUCGUUUCAAGCAGCUGCUUGGAUCCGAGGAUCAGGCGAAGAGCUACAUCACCGCCACAUCCUUUCUGUCCCGUGGCCAUCUGACUCCCGAUGCGGACGGUAUCUUUCGGCCCUGGAAGUGGGCCACCUACUUCUACGUCAACGCGGCACCUCAGUGGCAGGCCACUAAUGGGGGCAACUGGGUGGUUGUGGAGGACGCCGCACGUACCGUAUCUGGCCGGCUUAACGAGAAAGUGCUGAUCUUCACCGGGGCGCACGAAAUCCUAACGCUACCGCACAUUGACGGAAGGCAGGUUCCGAUCACACUCGCGGCUGACAAAAUUCAGGCGCCCAAAUGGUACUGGAAGAUCAUCAAGUCGGAGAGUAAGAAUGCCGCCAUUGCGCUGGUCAACAACAACGAUCCGUUUCGCGAGAGCAUGUCGGCCGGGGAGAUGCUGUGCAAGGACGUUUGCGAUCAGUACGGCUGGUCCAACCAGCACUAUAGUAACUGUUCGCGAGGCUACACCUACUGCUGCACCGUUGCCGACCUGCGUCGGGCCAUCACCAGCAUUCCUGCCGAAGCUGAUGCUGCUAACGUGUUAAGCUAUGAUUAUGGAGCCGGCCAUGCCGAACUCCGGUAA